AAGAUGAGUGACACCGAUUUGGAAAUAUUUGGGGAGGCUGCCCCAUACCUGCGCAAGUCUGAGAGGGAGAGGAUCGCUUCUCAGAACAAGCUCUUUGACGCCAAAACCUCCUGCUAUGUGGCUGACCCAAAGGUGGAGUACAUCAAGGGGAAGAUCCUGAGCCAGGACAGCACCAAAGCCACCGUGGAGACUGAGGAUGGAAGGGUUGUCAUGGUUAAGCCAGAUGAAAUCAGGCCCAUGAAUCCACCCAAGUUUGACAAGAUUGAAGACAUGGCCAUGCUGACCCAUCUUCACGAGCCGGCCGUCCUGUUCAACCUGAAGGAACGUUACGCUGCCUGGAUGAUUUAUACCUACUCUGGGCUGUUCUGUGUGACUGUGAAUCCCUACAAGUGGCUUCCAGUCUACAACCCAGAGGUGGUGGCUGGCUACCGUGGCAAGAAGAGACAGGAAGUCCCACCCCAUAUUUUCUCCAUUUCUGACAAUGCCUACCAGUUCAUGCUCACAGACCGUGAGAACCAGUCCAUUCUGAUUACCGGAGAAUCUGGUGCAGGAAAGACUGUGAACACAAAACGUGUCAUCCAGUACUUUGCAACAAUUGCAUCUAUUGGAGACUUAAACAAGAAAAAGGAGCAAGCUGGCAAAAUGCAGGGCACACUAGAGGAUCAAAUCAUCCAGGCCAAUCCUCUUCUUGAGGCUUUUGGGAAUGCCAAAACUGUGAGGAAUGACAACUCCUCUCGCUUUGGCAAAUUCAUCCGAAUCCACUUUGGAACAAAGGGGAAGCUUGCGUCAGCCGACAUUGAGACAUACCUUCUGGAAAAAUCCAGAGUUACGUUUCAGCUACCUGCAGAGAGAAGCUACCAUAUCUACUAUCAAAUUCUGUCGAAUAAAAAGCCAGAAUUAAUUGAGAUUAUGCUUCUCACCACAAACCCAUACGAUUACCCUUACAUCAGCCAGGGCGAGAUCACAGUGCAGAGCAUUGAUGACACUGAGGAAUUAAUGGCCACAGAUAAUGCCAUUGACAUCCUUGGUUUCAACACAGAAGAAAAAUGUGGGAUAUACAAGCUUACAGGGGCAGUCAUGCACCAUGGCAACAUGAAGUUCAAGCAGAAACAGCGGGAAGAGCAGGCUGAACCUGACGGCACCGAGGUGGCUGACAAAGUCGCCUACCUCAUGGGCCUGAACUCUGCCGACCUGCUCAAAGCUCUGUGCUACCCCAGGGUCAAGGUGGGAAAUGAGUAUGUCACAAAGGGUCAGACUGUUCAACAGGUGAAUAAUUCAAUGGGUGGGCUUUCAAAAGCUGUGUAUGAAAAGCUCUUCUUUUGGAUGGUGACCCGGAUCAAUCAGCAGCUGGACACCAAACUAUCUCGACAGCAUUUCAUUGGAGUGCUGGACAUUGCAGGAUUUGAAAUAUUUGAAAUGAACAGCCUGGAGCAGCUCUGCAUCAACUUCACUAAUGAGAAACUGCAACAGUUUUUCAACCACCACAUGUUUGUUCUGGAGCAAGAGGAGUACAAGAAGGAAGGGAUUGAGUGGGAGUUCAUAGACUUCGGGAUGGAUCUGGCUGCCUGCAUUGAGCUUAUUGAGAAGCCAAUGGGCAUCUUCUCCAUUCUGGAAGAGGAGUGUAUGUUUCCAAAGGCCACAGACACCUCCUUUAAAAACAAGCUGUAUGAUCAGCACUCUGGUAAGAACAACAACUUCCAGAAGCCCAAGCCAGCCAAAGGUAAGGUGGAGGCCCAUUUCUCCCUGGUGCACUACGCCGGCACGGUGGAUUACAACAUCAGCGGUUGGCUGGAGAAGAACAAAGACCCCCUGAAUGACACGGUGGUGCAGCUGUACCAGAAGGCUGCUCUCAAACUGCUGUCGCAGCUCUUUGUCACGUAUGCUGCGGCUGAUGUGGAUGGUGGAGGCUUUAAAAAAGGCGGGAAGAAGAAAGGCUCAUCUUUCCAGACAGUUUCUGCACUUUUUAGGGAAAAUCUAAACAAGCUCAUGACCAACUUAAGGUCCACUCAUCCCCACUUUGUGCGCUGUAUCAUUCCCAAUGAGACAAAGACACCGGGUGCCAUGGAAAACAGCCUCGUCUUGCACCAGCUGCGCUGCAAUGGGGUGCUGGAAGGCAUCAGGAUCUGUAGGAAGGGCUUCCCAAGCAGAAUCCUCUAUGGAGAUUUCAAGCAGAGGUACCGGAUCCUUAAUGCAAGUGCGAUUCCAGAGGGACAGUUCAUUGACAGCAAAAAGGCCUCAGAGAAAUUACUGUCCUCGAUCGAGGUGGAUCAUAACCAGUAUAAAUUUGGACAUACAAAGGUGUUCUUCAAAGCCGGUCUGCUGGGCGUGCUGGAGGAGAUGCGAGAUGAGCGGCUAGCAGUGCUAAUGACCCGCAUCCAGGCCGUCUCCAGGGGUUACGUCUCCAGGCUCAAGUUCAAAGAGAUGACAAGGAAAAGGGAGUCUAUUUACAUCCUCCAGUACAACCUGCGCUCCUUUAUGAAUGUAAAGAACUGGCUGUGGAUGAGGCUCUUUUUCAAAAUCAAACCGCUGCUACGCAGCGCAGAGGCCGAAAAAGAGAUGCAAAACAUGAAGGAAGAAUUUUCCAAACUGAAAGAGGAUUUUACCAAUUCAGAGACCAGGAGGAAGGAGCUGGAAGAGAAGAUGGUCGUCCUUGUCCAAGAGAAGAAUGACCUCUAUUUUCAGAUCCAAGCAGAGAGAGACAAUCUCAUUGAUGCUGAGGAGCGAUAUGAGGGCAUGAUCAAAAGCAAGAUACACCUGGAGGCGAAGGUGAAGGAGCUGACUGAGAGGAUAGAGGAAGAGGAGGAGAUCAAUUCAGAAAUUACAGCCAGGAAAAGGAAACUGGAGGAUGAGUGCUCGGAGCUGAAAAGAGACAUUGAUGACCUGGAGCUCACCAUAGCCAAGGUCGAGAAGGAGAAGUAUGCCACGGAGAACAAGGUGCAGAAUUUGACGGAGGAGCUUACCACAAUGGAAGAGGUCCUACUGAAGAACUCAAAGGAGAUGAAAUCCCUGCAGGAGGUUCAUCAGCAAACCCUGGAUGACCUUCAGGCUGAGGAGGACAAAGUCAGCACACUAGCCAAGACAAAAUUAAAACUGGAGCAACAAGUAGAUGAUCUUGAGGGAUCUCUAGAACAAGAAAAGAAGAUCCGUGCAGAUCUGGACAGAGCAAAGAGGAAACUGGAGGGGGACCUCAAACUGUCCUUAGAGAACAUCAUGGACCUAGAAAAUGAAAGGCAGCAAUUGGACGAAAGACUGAAAAAGAAAGAUUUUGAACUCAAUCACCUUCAGGCUAAAAUUGAUGAUGAGCAAAUACUAAGCUUGCAGCUUCAAAAGAAAAUCAAGGAGCUUCAAGCCCGCAUUGAAGAACUGGAGGAGGAGAUUGAGUCUGAGCGUGCUGCCUGUGCCAAAGUGGAGAAGCAGCGGUCAGAUCUGUCCAGGGAGCUGGAGGAGAUCAGCGAGAGGCUGGAGGAGGCCGGAGGUGCCACCGCUGCCCAGAUCGAGAUGAACAAGAAGCGGGAGACCGAGCUCCAGAAGCUCCGGCGGGACCUCGAAGAGGCAAUCCUGCAGCACGAGUCUGUCACCGCCACCCUCCGCAAGAAACAGGCCGACAGCGUGGCGGAACUGGGGGAGCAAAUUGAGAACCUGCAGAGGGUUAAACAGAAGCUGGAGAAGGAGAAGAGCGAGUACAAGAUGGAGAUUGAUGACAUGUCAAGCCACAUGGAGGGCAUCCUGAAAAGUAAAGCAAACAUUGAGAGACAGUGUCGCAGCCUUGAGGAUCAGUGUCAGGAAUACAAAGCCAAGGCUGAAGAAGCCCAGAGGGCCCUGACUGACUUCACAAGUCAGAACGCUCGCCUGCAAGCCGAAAACGGUGAGCUCACACGCAAUGUUGAGGAGAAGGAAAGUACAAUUUCUCAGGUCAACCGAGUGAAGGCAGUGUGCACUCAGCAAAUUGAUGAACUAAAGAGACUUUUGGAAGAAGAAAUUAAGGCCAAGAAUGCCCUGGCCCAUGGUCUGCAGUCCUCCCGCCAUGACUGUGACCUCCUGCGGGAGCAGUUUGAGGAGGAGCAGGAGGCCAAAGCUGAGCUGCAGCGCUGCAUGUCCAAGGCCAACAGCGAGGUGGCGCAGUGGAGAACCAAGUACGAGACGGACGCCAUCCAGCGCACCGAGGAACUCGAAGAGGCCAAAAAGAGACUUGCUCAGCGCCUCCAGGACUCUGAGGAGCAAACUGAAGCUGUGAAUGCCAAAUGUGCCUCACUGGAGAAGACCAAACAGAGACUGCAGGCUGAGGUGGAGGACCUCAUGGUUGAGAUGGAUCGGGCUAAUGCUGCUAGUGCCAUACUGGACAAGAAGCAGAAGAACUUUGAUAAGAUUCUUGCAGAGUGGAAGCAGAAGUAUGAGGAGAGUCAGUCAGAGCUUGAGGCCUCCCAAAGGGAGUCCAGGACUCUGAGCACAGAUCUUUUCAAACUGAAAAAUGCUUAUGAAGAGGCAUUGGAUCACCUGGAGAACAUGAAGAGAGAGAACAAAAACCUUCAGCAGGAGAUUGCCGAUGUCGCCGAGCAAGUGGGUCAAUCUGCAAAGACCAUUCUUGAGCUAGAGAAAGCUGUAAAACAGGCCGAACAAGACAAAAUCGAUGUCCAGACAGCUCUCGAAGAAGCCGAGUCAUCUCUAGAACAUGAGGAAGCCAAGAUCCUCCAUGUCCAGCUGGAGCUCAACCAAGUGAAGUCCGAGUUGGACAGGAAGGUGGCGGAGAAAGAGGAAGAGAUUGACCUGCUAAAGAGAAACUACCAGCGGACGAUCGACACACUCCAGAGCGCUCUGGACUCAGAAACCCGCAGCAGGAACGAAGCUGUGCGCCUGAAGAAGAAGAUGGACGGAGAUCUGAACGAGAUGGAGAUCCAGUUGGGCCAUGCUAACCGCCAGGCUGCCGACACCCACAGACAGCUCCGCACCCUGCAGGGUCAGCUGAAGGACACCCAGGUGCACCUGGACGAUGCCCUUCAUGGACAAGAGGACCUGAAGGAGCAGUUGGCCAUCGUCGAGCGCAGAAAUGCUCUAAUGACCACAGAGAUCGAGGAGAUGAGAGCGGCUUUAGAGCAGUCAGACAGAUGUCGCAAGAUGGCCGAACAGGAGCUGGUGGACGUCAGCGAGAAGAUGCAGUUUCUCCACACCCAGACAACCAGCCUGAACAACACAAAGAAGAAGAUGGAGACUGACAUCACACAGCUCCAGUCAGAGGUGGAGGAUGCCGUACAGGAGGCCAGAAAUGCAGAUGAGAAAGCCAAGAAGGCCAUCAUGGAUGCAGCCAUGAUGGCAGACGAGCUGAAGAAGGAGCAGGACACCAGUGCCCAUCUUGAGAGGAUGAAGAAGAACCUGGAGACCACCGUCAAAGACCUGCAACACCGCCUGGACGAGGCUGAACAGAUCACCAUGAAGGGUGGGAGAAAGGAGAUCCAGAAACUGGAGACAAGGGUGAAAGACCUGGAGAAUGAGCUCGAAGGAGAACAGAAACGCAGUGCAGAGUCUGUGAAAGGGUUAAGAAAAUAUGAGAGAAGGAUCAAGGAACUUACUUACCAGUCUGAAGAAGACAAGAAGAAUGUUGCACGGCUGCAGGAUCUGGUCAACAAACUGCAACUGAAAGUGAAAGCCUUCAAGAGGCAGUGUGAAGAGGCGGAGGAGCAGACUAGCAUGCACCUGUCCAAGCUCCGAAAGGUGCAGCAUGAACUGGAGGAAGCAGAGGAGAGAGCCGACAUAGCGGAGUCCCAAGUGAACAAACUGCGAACCAAGAGCCGAGACUUUGGCAGUAAGGGAAUAGAGAAUUAUAAGAAACUGGAUGGAUUAGCACCCAUUAGCAUGUUGAUAAAUGACUAAAUGAAUGGUUUUAUUUAUUUAUUGUGAUAUUAAAUUCUUAGUUAGUUAAAGCUGUUUGUUUCAGUCAAUACGAACAUUUACCAGUUUUUAUGUAGUAGUUAAUAUAAUUU